AUGUCUAGUCCUGAGUCUUGUUUUGACCUGAGUCUAUACGUUGUGAUGGGCUUAACACUGGCUGCAUCGGCUCAAAUGCAUACGGAAAAUGUGACGGUGAAGUUCUUCACCCCGCCGGCCGCGGGUACGGCAUGGGAGAACGACACUUGCAUUGGUGUGCGGUGGCAGUGGAUGAGUUUCCCGGCGUCAGGCCACAGAUCCAAAUGGGGUGGAGAAUGGAAGUCGUCGUCGCCGCCACCCGAGAGAAGCAGUCGCGCAAAGACAGGAAGGUGUCAAAAGGAAGCUCAAGAGCCACCAACUACGGUGGAGCAACGGCAGUCAUUUGAGGGCCAAAGACAACCUUGCGAUGAAACGGGGCAGAAUACCAUGCCACGUGAUGGCGGGUGGGUGUAG